ACACACAUGGCAGAGGAGCAUUAGGAAGAAUUAACAUUCAAUCUCUCAGGCACUUUCCUGAGAGCAAAUGCCACUCUGUCCCUGUCACUUAAUCUCCUUGCGCAGGGGAGGUCAGCAGCAAUUUCUGGAGGCUCUGAAUAGGUCAAAUGGACAGGGAAACCCAGAGCAGGACUGUCCGGGUGCUAAAAACAUCCACUUCAUGCAGAGUGACUGAGCAGCACCUGCCAACAGUAAGCAGCUGCAUUUUGGAGCAUGGCAAGGCACUGUGCUCCCCCCUUGCUGGGGCUGAGAUCAGACGCCGUGAUUCUGUUACAGCACGCACAUGUUGGGAUGCCUGACAACAGCCUCUGGGACUGAGACUCCUGGUGAUGCCGGCAUCCAGCAGCCGCAGCCUUCUCAAGCUCACUGUUAUGGAGGUGAAGUGGAUUCACGUGUUGGCCAUGUUCUUCUUCCUGUUGUCUGUUGCAAUGACGGGCUGCUUUCUGUGGCAGUACAGCCUCCCCAAGGUGGAGCCCAGCCUGUCUGUGGAAGAAGUGAGAUCAGAAGCUGUGCAGAUGUGCCCCCGCUAUCCUGAACCCGUACCGCUGGACCACCCAAUCCCUAUUCUGAAGGAUGCGUUGGAGAAGGUAGAUAUGAUGCUGCGCCAAAAGAUUCAUAAUUCUGGUCUCCCUGCCAUGUCUGCCAUUGUCAUCUACAAUGACACUGUGCUUUGGACAGGCAACUUUGGGAAGAAGAAUGGUUCGGACCCAUCUUCAGUGGUGCCCAAUGAGUACACUAUUUACAGAAUUGCUAGUGUCUCCAAGAUCUUUCCCACCAUUAUGUUGUAUAAGAUGUGGGAGGAAGGAAAAGUCACAUCUCUUGAUGACCCGUUGGAACGUUAUGCCCAGAACUUUGUUAUAAAGAACCCUCUGGGAAGGCUCAAGGAAUCAGAACAGAGAUACACAGCAGAUGGGCUCAUUUUUUUGGAAAAAGGCUCAAUGCCACUUAAGCCAUCACCUGUUACCUUGCGUAGAAUGGCCAGCCAGCUCUCAGGUCUGCCCAGGAGGCUGCGAUCUACCAGCCUGCUGUGGAAGGGCAAUACACAAGAUGCUCUAGCUCUCCUGAAAGAUGAUGUCUUGGUUGCUGAUCCAGGAACUAGAUGCCACUACAGCAAUUUGGCCUUCUCACUGAUGGCACACGUGCUAGCCGACCACGCAGCUGAGGGGCAAUACCAGCGCUGGAUCUCAGAGAACAUUCUAGACCGCUUGGGCAUGGAGGACACGGGCUUUGACAUCACACCACCGAUCCGCUCCCAGAUGGCCGUGGGUUUCUACGGCAGCCAGCAGCCGGCUCCUCUCUAUGACCUUGGCUGGUACAGGCCUUCCGGCCAGAUGUACUCCACAGCUGCCGACCUUGCCAAGCUGGCAAUGGUCUUCUUAGGCACCUACCACCGUCGUCUCCUAGAGCCUGACACAGUGAAGACGAUGCUGACCCCUCUGUUUAAGUGCUCCACUGAAUACUUUGCUAACAAGACUGGUACACCCUGGGAGAUUAAUGAGCAAUCAGGAUAUGAUGUCAUUAGGAAGGACGGAGACCUUGACGGUUAUUCAGCUACCUUUUCCCUUAUCCCCAAGCUCCGCCUGAGCUUCAUUGUACUGAUGGCAGGGCCCAGGCCCCAGGGUGGAGAUAUUGUGACUCAGACAUAUGAGUAUCUCAUUCCUGCCAUGGAGACAGCAUUCAGAGAGGCAGAGAAAAGCUUGGUUCCUGCUCCAAGUCCAGGCCCUUAUGUUGGCUACUAUACCUAUUCCAACCUGACCUUUUAUGAGAUUAAAGUUGGACCUGGUGGUGUGCUGGUCAUGCAGCAGUUUGGGCCUCAUGUGGAAGAGCUGAUUCCUGAAAAGUACCGGACAAUCAAGCUCAACCACCUGGAAGAUCGUGUUUUCCAAGUUGUUUUUGACAAGGAGUUCCCAUGUGUUCUUCACCUGGGCUCUGCUUCCAUCUCAUUGGAGACCCAAAAUGGUCAGCUCUUUAACUUUUACCCAUUCGAUCGCAAGGGUUUGUCUCCUGGCUUUGAUGCACCGGGGCUGAACACAUACAAUGUGGUGCGUGUACUUCGCAAACCUAUAUUCUAUAGCUAAAUAUCCUCUCUGCUCUUCUCUCCACUUCUGGGAGGUGGCUCCAAAUCUGUGUCUUACCAGACUCUCCUGUCUUUGUGACUUUAUUUAAAAGGGAAAGAUGGUGGCAGAUGACUCUUUUGCCCAAAAAAUAUAUCAUAUCCCUCUCCUAAAAUUACUUCAAUGGUUUGCGAUCCCUGGCAGUGUGCGAAAGGCCAGCUAGCAACUGGAUAUACCUGUGGAAAGAAGAGGUGGGAAUGUGCUGGAUGCAUGGUGUUUGGAUGCCAUAAAAAAGCCCCAGCACUUAAGUUGCCACAUUUACAUUUUAUGUUUGAUAACCAUUCUCGUUAUUGACAGUUAUCAUCAAAGGGCUGAGAGUUUCUUCAGGAGCCAACCUACCAUGAACAAGAUUCCUCACCUGGAUUUGCCAAAAGUAUUAUGUGCUAGAAAAUGGCAUCAACCUGAUAUCAGGCCCUACCAUACCUGGGAAGUGAAGGUCAAUUUCUUUCCUGCAUCACAACAAGAAAACUGUAAAAAGUGCAAACAGCAAUGUGGUUAUGUCUUGGUUCCAUGGAUUUCUGCAAAAGCAGUGGUCACACAAAGAAUAUUGUAGCACUUAAGUAGACAAACCAAAGCUUACUCCUCGAGCAGGGCCAUAUGAACAUAUACUGGUAUAUUCCAGCUGGACAGUUUGUGACUGUCUUAGUAUAUAGGCAAGUGUGUGACGGUGGCUUUUAAGUACAGGAAUGCAUGGGAAUCUUUAUGUGUGUUUUGGUCAGGGUAUCUGUAUGGAUAUGUGCCCACUGUGUUUAUGCAGGUGUGAGGGAGGAUGCCAAGGGAAAGUGCAUUAGCCUGGGAGCACUGCCUUUAGGACAGGUAGACCUGCAAGUGAUCCAUAACGCCACUGGUGCAUUUUCUUCUCCCUUCUUGUGCCCACUCAAUGCCAAGGCAGGCAGGACAGACGAUAUGUCAUUAAUAGUCAUUUCAUUGUGGUGGGGGCAGUGUCAGGCACGAGUGCAAGACAGGGCAAGUGCUACUGACUGAGUAGUCUUGGCUCUUGCAACGCUCCUUCAAGUUUAAGAGAGUAUUGUGACUGCAGCCCCAAAUAGAGCCUAAAAUCAAAGCAAGCAGAGGGUUAGGGCAAGACAACUCUUACUUUAAAAUGAAUAGCCUAUCUGCAGAGUAUGGCAAUGGCUGUACAGCAAGGGAAUCAUGAAGGAAGUGCAAAAGGGCAGGCAUACUAGCACAUAGAUCCUUCAAAGUGCGUGUCCUCCCAUACCAUAACUGGUAUGAGGUUGGAUCCUCUUGCAGAGUGACCUCCUGCUGCUGCUUGUCCACGCAGAGUCUAGAAAGUGGGCAAGUCUCAAAGAGGAUGAGAAGAUACAUCUCCCUGCCUCUCUUCUCUCUUGUUGUCUUUCACUGUUUUCACUCUGUGUGUUCUUCAGCUUCUGUUUUGGGUAGAGAGACCUUCUCUGAAGGCCUAGAAAUAGUGGUUCCCCGUCUUUUUUUUCAGGUAAUUUCAGUUCCCUGGUAAACAUAUGAAACAAUGUAAACCUUGUCUUACAGGCAAUCACGGUUGCUGCUGUGUUGGUUUCUUCUGGACAUUGUAGCUGAUUACAUUCUGUACCUUGUACAACCUCAUAUGUUCAAAUAUUUAAUUUGGGCUAUAGCAACAGCAAUAAAUUCUAUGCAAAUUUUUA